AGGUUGCGGGGCCGGCGGCGGGCAGGGAGGAGCGGAGCGGCGGGCGAGCGGAGCGUGUGGGGCGGCGGAGGGGAGGCGGGCGGGCUGGCGUGGGCUGCUCUGGGCUGUUUGGGCCACCGGAGCCAAUCGAAAGCUGGGGCUUGAUCCUCUCGGCGGGCAGCGGCUGCGCCCAGCCAGUGCCGAGCUCCCCCUCCGCCGCCGGGACCGGCAAAGCCGCCCCGCUCCCUCCACGCACCGCUCUCCCCCCCCUGCCCCCCGCCCCCCGGGACACUGCGCGCCUAUGGGCAUCUGCAGCCAGCGAGGGCUUCGCACCACCGCCGGCAGCAGCAGCGGCAGGAGCGGACGGCGACCGCCACCCCGCUUCGUCCCCCCUUGGGACCUAUAGGAUCUAUAGCUGGCAGGACGGAGCGCGCUGCGGACCCUUCCCCGCCUCCCUGCAGGAUGAUUUGGAAAUUUGCCUUGUCCGUUUGUCUGAUGGCAGCGCUGGUUCGAGUAACAGACACCAGGAAAAACCGUCCUGCAGGCGCCAUUCCCUCCCCUUACAAAGACAGCAGCAGCAACCACUCGGAGCGGAGGCAGCAGCUGAAUAAGGAGGUGCUGGCCUCCAGCCAGGAGGCCCUGGUGGUCACCGAAAGGAAGUACCUCAAGAGCGACUGGUGCAAGACGCAGCCCCUGCGGCAGACUGUCAGCGAGGAGGGCUGCAUCAGCCGCACCAUCAUCAACCGCUUUUGCUAUGGGCAGUGCAACUCCUUCUACAUACCACGGCACGUGAAAAAGGAGGAGGAGUCCUUCCAGUCCUGCGCCUUCUGCAAGCCGCACAAGGUCACCUCUUCGACCGUGCAGCUGGAGUGCCCUGAGCUGGACCCACCCUUCCGACUCAAGAAAAUUCAGAAGGUCAAGCAGUGCCGGUGCAUGUCUGUGAAUCUUAACAACUCAGGCAAACUGUGAGAGCAGGCGUGUGGCGACUGCGUGGUGUUGCCCCCAUCAGAUUUACUGCUGCCUCUCCGCUCCCACCGAGCAGACUGUCCAUUUUGUUGGUUUGUUUCUCCUUUUCCUUUUUUUUUUUUUUUUCUUUUUUUUUGUGUGUGUUUCGUUUUCUUUCAGGAGGCAUCUCUCCAGCAAGGAAAGGCUCCUUGUCGCUUGCCUACUGGAAUAAUGCUUUUUAAUGGGCUGUUAGGCACUUCACCAUAAAGUUUCAUUGUAUUUCCAAUAUCAUCUGGCGGUUGAAUCUUCUGGAGUGGAGCAGGCUCCCAGAAGUUGGGAUUGAUCAUCUAAGUGACCAGUUGGCUGAAUCCAGCAUUAAAUGUUUCCACUGUGUGGAGUAAAGCCCUCUGCCCUACACUCCAGUCCCUCCACAAGCCCAGAAGGCCUUCCCCGUGCUUUGGUCCGGAGCUUGCCGCCCCUGCCUUGGAAGCGCUGGGGUGCUGCCUAGGACUUGUGGGGGACGCAGAUGAGGGAGAGUGACGAGGAGUAACGUGCGAAAAGCAAGUGAGACUCUCUGACGAUGCUCACCUCCUUAAGACAACUUUUAAUUGUGCAAUGACGAAGGGUACCGGGCUUGUUGUCUGAAGGGCAGAUGCGAAGCGCGGGGGCGAGGGCGAGGCGCUGGGUCAGCCACCGCCACCACGGAGCAGACUGAGGGUGGGAUCUGAUGCUGUUGUGGUCAGAGCAUAUUGAACACGUGGUCUCUGCAGCAGUGUUUAUUUUGUAACCUAGCUAUAGUAAACAGCUGUUUAAAGUAUUAUAGACCUAGCCGUGUAUAUUUUUCUUGCGGCAGAAUAUGCCAGAGAUUAAAAUGUGUUGAGUAAGAGACUGGGUUGCUAGGUCAGCUGCCUGGCUUACAAUGGACAUGGUUUAACUAGGCUUGCGGUAGGUUUUUGUGUGUUAGAUAUGUGUGUGUUUCUUACUCCAAAAAAAAAGGACAACAUCCAUUUAUGACCUUAUAUUUAUGCCUGCUCAGACCGGGGGAGGCGGGAGGGCAGUGGGAGAGGAGCUGAGAACGCUUAAGGGAAUGAUGUUUCGCUUAAGGUAUAAAAGCACUGUCGCACAACGGACAAAAUUUGGCCAUUGCUGGACUGAAUACAAAAGCUGCUUCAGUGUCAUCAGGUUUUGGGAGUGGUGUCUCUCCCAUGAUCGGAAACCAUGGUAACGUGUUAAAGGACAAACCCAUCAGUGGGUGCCGCUGGAAUGGGUCGCAGCUGUAGGAGCAGGGAGAGAGUAAGUUGUAACUGCUACAGUACUGGUGGUCCACUCAAUUUUUGAGUCCUACAAAAUCAGCAUUGGUGAACACUAGCAGUUCAUUUUAGAUCAUACUGUGUUGCUAUUCAGUUGACGGAGUUCAGCAUGUCCUGUAUAUCCCGUUUGUUCCAGUUCUGAUCUGUAUUAGUCCCAGCUGCAUUAAAAUCCUAUGUCUCGAAACAAACCAGCCCCUUCCCCCAAACCAAAGCCCGUGCGUGCUCAAUUUUCUGAAGCUUACAAAUUAAAAAUGACACGCCGACUCCCUGAUGCAUGUCUCACAGCUCGGCAUCUGCGUCUAGUGGAACCAGCUUGCUGUGGGAGCCCUUUCCCGCCAGCCUCUUCACAUGCAGCCACUCCAAGGGGUUAAUGUGCUCCGCACUCGCGCCAGGCAGGGCUCUCCGGUGCCACGGGUCUCUAUUAUGUGAGACAGGCUGCUCUAAGAGGCUUUCAGGACUGAGCUCCACCAGAGCUCACCAAGCGGUUUACGGGGGUUGGCACGGGCAGGAUGAGGUUGGUCAGGUCUGUUUAGCCCUAUGACGCGAAGGGCCGCCCGUGGCUUUUCUGCCGUGGUGACUCCUCAUGCAGGGAUUGCUUCGGAGGAGGCUGCGGCUGCUGGGCUGCCGGCAUCGUGCCAGCCACCGAACGGGCACCAUUCGGUCUGGGCUUGAGAGUGUUGGGGUGGGGGGGCGGGGGGAAGUGGCAAUAGCUAUAGUCUACCAAGACUCCAGGGAUCUCAGUCUCCACUUGAAAGAAAUGAACUGAAAGUCAGGCAUUCUGGGCUAGGGAGAGAAAAGCACCCUAGUAACUUCAGUUAAGAAAAAAUGUGCAAGAAUCUUUAUCUUUAAGCUAUGCCCUGCCUGGGUUUUUCACCAGUUUGCAAUAUGAAUAUGCUGCAGCUUAAAGCUCCUUCUAGGAGCUGUGUUUAUGUAAAAACUGAGUUGAGCUUGUAACGGUUAAAACUGUAUUUAAUUCUUGUUUUAUAAAUGAAAACAAAAAUGAAGAAAUGCUUUAAGUAUAAUGUAAUUAUUUUAUAGGUCUACUAUUAAAUUAUAGAUUAAAUAAUAAAGCUACUCUAGGGUUACAUGGCAUCCAGGUGUACGG